CCGAGAUUAGUGCGAUGAUGCUAUUACAACUGAACCAAGAGAGGUGUUUGAGCAAUCAUUUAUCGUAGGCGUCUCUGAGCUACCAACGACAGUUUGGGACUGUGACUGUUUGUGGAGUAAAUUUAAUCAUUGCACCUAACUCAAUUUCUAAAGAAUGAGACUGAAGACUUCACUUUUAAAAGAACCAAAACAUAAAGAGUUGGUUAGUUGUGUUGGAUGGACAACAGCAGAUGAGUUAUUUUCAUCCAGUGAUGACCACCAAAUCCUGAAGUGGAAUCUAUUAACAAAUGAAACAGUCCAAGUAGUAAGGCUUGCUGAAGAAAUUUAUCCAAUAGAUAUGCAUUGGUUCCCCAAGACUACAGGAGGCAAGAAGCAGAUACAGACAGAAAUAUUUGUGCUCACCAGUACAGACGGUAAAUUUCAUUUAGUAUCAAAGACGGGACGAGUGGAAAAAAGUGUAGAAGCACAUCGUGGAGCUGUGUUAGCAGGAAGGUGGAACUAUGAGGGAACUGCUUUGGUAACAGUUGGUGAAGAUGGGCAAAUUAAGAUUUGGUCCAAAACUGGAAUGCUAAGAUCAACCAUGAUACAACAAGGUACACCCGUGUACUCCGUAGCAUGGGGGCCAAAUUCUGACAAAAUUCUCUAUACUUCGGGGAGACAACUGAUCAUUAAACCUCUUCAGCCAAGUGCCAAAGUCCUGCAGUGGAAAGCCCACGAUGGAGUCAUUCUUAAGGUAGAUUGGAACACUGUGAAUGAUCUUAUCCUUUCUGGUGGUGAGGACUGUAAAUACAAGGUUUGGGACAGUUAUGGAUGUCUUUUAUAUAGUGCCCAGCCCCACGACUAUCCUAUAACAUCUGUGGCUUGGGCACCUGAUGGUGAACUAUUUGCUGUGGGAUCAUUCAACACUCUUCGGCUAUGUGACAAAACUGGGUGGUCUUAUGCACUUGAAAAGCCAAAUACAGGAAGUGUAUUCAACAUUACUUGGUCUGUUGACGGUAUUCAAAUUGCUGGUGCUUGUGGAAAUGGUCAUGUGCUUUUUGCCCAUAUCAUAGAGCAGUGCUGGGAGUGGAAGAAUUUUGAAAUCACACUGACAAAGCGAAGAUCAAUGCAGGUGCGGAAUGUGUUGAAUGAUGCAGUAGAUGUUUUAGAAUUCCGCGACAGGGUGAUAAAGGCCUCAUUGUCACAAGGGCACUUGGUAGUUGUAACCACACUGCAAUGUUAUGUAUAUAGCACCAAGAAUUGGAAUACCCCACUUGUAUUUGACUUGAAAGAAGGUACUGUUAGUUUAAUUCUACAGGCACAGAGGCACUUUCUGCUUCUUGAUGGAGCAGGAAUUUAUCUGUAUUCGUAUGAAGGUCGCCUUAUUUCUUCUCCUAAGAUUCCAGGGAUGAGAACUGACAUACUGAGCUCUCAGACUGUUUCCCUCAGCAAUGACACAAUUGCAGUGAGAGACAAGACUGAUGAAAAAGUGAUUUAUCUUAUCGAUGCACUUUCUGGAAAGCCUCUUGGUGAUGGAAAACCUCUAGUUCAUAAGAUAGAAGUAAUGGAGGUUGCUCUGGAUCAAGCUGGCUUGCCCAAUGAAAGAAAAAUUGCCAUCAUAGACAAAAAUCGCGAUCUGCAUAUCACAUCAGUGCGUAGAUUUGGGAAAGAACAAAAAAUCAUUAAAAUAGGAACAAUGGUGCACUCAGUGGCUUGGAACAACACAAUCAAUAUACUAUGUGGAAUGCAGAAUAUGUACUUUGUGGUUUGGUAUUAUCCAAAUGUAGUCUACGUAGAUAAGGAGCUACUGUCCAAAACAGUUUAUGAAAAAGAUGCAAGUGAAUUUGGUAAAAAUCCUCAAAUUGUGAAUUAUGUGGGAAACCAAGUCACCAUUAGAAGAGUUGAUGGCUCAAUGAUACAUACAAGUAUUUCACCUUACCCUGCCAUCCUUCAUGAAUAUGUUACUGCCUCAAGGUGGGAUGAUGCAGUUCGUCUCUGUCGCUUUGUCAAGACAACAACACCUGAUGAGGAACAAGCAAUGUGGUCGUGCCUUGCCGCCAUGGCAGUUGCACACAAAGACCUCCUGACAGCAGAGGUGGCUUAUGCAGCAAUUGGCGAGAUUGAUAAGGUACAAUAUAUCAACUUAAUCAAGGAUUUGCCCUCAAAGGAGUCGCGGAUGGCACACUUGCUUUUAUUUACUGGGAAUGUACAAGAUGCAGAAGGAAUUUUAAUCCAGUCAGGCCUUGUUUAUCAAGCAAUCCAAAUAAAUAUUAACCUCUACAACUGGGAUAGAGCUCUGGAGCUGGCUGUGAAAUACAAGACACAUGUAGAUACAGUGCUAGCUUACAGGAAGAAGUAUUUGGAAGAUUUUCACAAAGAAGAAUCCAACAAGAGAUUUCUUCAGUAUGCAGAAGGAGUUGAGGUCAAUUGGGAAAAAAUCCAAGUCAAAAUCGAAAUGGAGAUUGCAAAAGAACGGGAGCGUGCAGCUAUAUGUACAACGGGAUCUAAGAGUGUAUCCUUCAACCACUGAUGGAUAUGGAUCUGGACCAUUAAAUCUCAAAAUUCUUUCACCUCCUGUUUCCAAUUAAAGGAACUAUUUGAAAGACCUUUAACAUAAAAUUUUUUUUGUCUUAAAUCAAUAAACAAAUAUUUUUUGAUUAAAAUUGUUCAUAUUGUUACUCAUUGAGAACAUAUUCAGUGUACAUUUCAGAAAAUUGUGUAUUCCUUUCUCUGUCAAACUGAAUGUAGAAUUAAUUUAUUUUCAAGUGAACAUAAUCGACUUCUGAUACAUGUUGUAGUUCUGAUAUUAAACAAAAAUGUUCUCACACAUAUUGCUGGAAAUAAUUAAAAUUAUGUAAUUAUAUUUGGAGAUUUUAUAUUUAGUUUAAUACUGUUGUUUUCAUGAUUACUUUGGCAUUCCUCAUUAUUCAAAGUUGCUGUAACCAAUAAUUGUAAGGACAUUUCUGAAAAAGUAAAAUUAUAUCAUGUUGGUUAGUACAUAUUGAAUAUGUUUUGAAAGUAUUAUUAGUCUGGAUUUCUCAAUUAUAAUGACAAAAAAGCUAUGCAGUCAUAACACCAUACAACUGACACAAACUCUUCAUAAUGUAUUUGCCCAUCACAGAACUUGCUUUUUGCAGCCUUCUCCAGCAGUGUUCUCAAAUCAGAGAUUUCUCAGUGACAAGGUGCUUAUGAACGAAUCUUAUUAUAAAGUAUCCCACAAAUUGCUAGGUUUAUUUGUGCUUUUGAUUGUUAAUGAUUGUUUUAUUAUGUGAUGGGCCACACAAUUACUGCUUAGCAAACUCUAUAUCCCAGAAAGGUUAUAUAUAUAUAUAUAUAUAUUUCCUUCCUAUAAGUAUUUCAAAUUGAGUGGAAACUCAUUUAUGUCCCCAGUGUGUUUGUGUGCUGUCGGAAGCAAAUUUAUCUAAAAUUGAAUUGAUAAAUUUGAUUUUGUCUUUUGUGUGCAUGACAUUAUUCUCUAAAAUCACUUAACUUGUGUCCGACGCUAUUUUCAUAAACUUCUACAUGUUCUUUCGACAUAAUCAGUUAUGAUGAGGGAGGUGAGUGGGUGGAAUGUAAUAAAUCUAUAAAAGUUGUGGAAUGUGGAGAACGUCAGAAUGAGAGGAAUCUGAGUUCAUUGUAAUCUUCAAUCCACUUGGCAAGGAUUUCCUUAUAGUCACUGGAACAAACGACAGCCAUUACCCACUAAAGAAAAAUACAGGCUUCUGCACUGACAGUCUGCUUAUGCUGAUGUCUUUACUUCUCAUGCAAGAGAAGGAGGUUGGUGGCAAGUGUCCUGCAUAGUGUCUAGGUGAUAUGCCUGCUCUACUUGAACUAUAAAAUGAUGUGUGGCAGCUUUGAGCUGUGAGUAAAGCUUAAAUUAUAUGAAGCUAUGGAAAAUGUAAGUGCAAAAUAGCAUGAGUCUUAAUCAUAGUUAGCAAUUGCUCAAAAUCUUUGCUAAAUGAGUGACAGGUUUUAUUUUGCAUAUGAGAAAGUGUGGUGCAGAGAUGGGAUUUGAUGAAUUAAUUACUGACCUUGACUGAAUGUGAUGUCUCCUAGCACCACAGUAAUUUCCCUACCACAUCAGGCCUAUUAAUGACUUCAAGAAUGAACUACUGUCACAGCUACCUGAAAAUGGAUCUGGAGGACUUCCUGGGCUUCUCAAGGAAGAGUUCCUCUCUUAUCAACCGAUAUUUCAAGACAGAUAGAGCCGUGUUUGGAAAAUGUGUUCUCUUAUUACUCAUUCUGCACUUCUAAACCUCAUGGGUUGCACGACCAGUAAUGUAAACCUCCCCUUUAAGAGCUGCAGCCAUGGUUUCAAUCAGUGCAUGGCAGUUUGAAUUGGUGUUAACCACGCAUGAAAUUGGAACCCAUGAGCUAAGGCAAUAAACAGUGCAGUUGGUAUAGUCUGGACCCUAAAAUCUGUAUAAUUAAGUGGGAACAUGAAUUUAGUUUGCAUUCCACAUCAAGCCAUAUGCAUAAGGCUAAACUACAUUCACAAAACCAGGACUUUUCUGACACUAUUGACAUCAAUCCUGAUGUAUACACAAAAUGUAUAAGGCAAUUCUGAGGUUGGGUUAUGAUAUGAGAUACUGACAGGAUAAUUUUCUUCAUGGGAGAAUUUAGAACAGGGAGCAUUAUUUUAGAAUAAGGUGAUGCUUAUUUAAGAUAUUGAAAAGUAGAUAUAUUUUCUUUAAAUGGGUUGUGAGUCUUUGGAUCCUUUACCCCAGCGAACUAUGGAGGCUGAAUCAUUACAUGUAUUCAAUCUCAGAUAAAUUUUUUGUACAAUUGGAAAUUUUAAGGUUAUAAGAAACAGGCAUGAAAAUGGAGCUGCAGCCAAGAUCACAUCAGCCGCAAUUUUACUGAUGGUGCAGCAGACUUAACGGGGCACAUGGCCAACUUCUACUUUUUUAUGUCAAUGAAUAUAGUAUAUACUGUAAAACAAACCAGUCUAAGAACGUACUGGAGCUAAGGAUGUUAAGUGCUAUCAUAAGAUCCCAUUCUGGGGAAAGUCAGAUUUUAGACAGUAAAGAUAUGCUAGCUUAAUACUUACAUUAAAUAUACAAAACCAGAAUCUCUAACUGAUAUAGGCCACUUCUAACAUUUCCAAAUGUGUUAUAACUUGUAUAAAUCUGUACUUUUAAGGAAUAUUACAAAAGUUCAGUGAGAUCGGCAUAAUAAAUGGUUUUGUCUUCAACUAUUUUAAAAAGUAGUCCUCAACAGAAAUAAAUGAAUCUUGUAUAUCAAUUCAAUGUGUAGAAAUUUGCAAUUUAGCUGACUACUCAAAAUGUGAUGUAUCUCUUUAAUAAUCAAAAUUUGGGGCAGCACAGUGGAGCAGCUAGUAUAGCACUGCCUUGGAACGCCAGAGACUCAGGUUCAAUCCUAACCCAGGGUGCAGUCUGUGUGGCAUUUGUACAUUGUCCCUGCUCCUCCAAAUAGUCUCAGAAAGGAGAGAUAGAAUAUAUUUUGGUCUGGGUGUAUAUGCCUUUAGAUUACAGUUCUCUCUGAUGUUUUGAACUGGUAGAUCUUUCAAUCACAAAAUGUAUGUAUAUUUACAAUGGACCAUUCUGAAAGUCUUCUAAGUCAAAUCAACAAUUGUAUAUGUUACAAUAUUAGAGAGAUUUAUUUUUCUACACUGGGGAGAUUAUACAACCAAUGAAAAUCGCUUUGAAUGGGCAACAACUGUGCCGCAAGAUGAGGGGAGGUGUCUGGAAUAAGUUACCAAGGGUAGUAGUGGAAUCAAGCAGACUAAUGGAGUUUAAGAGGUUUUUAGAUAAACACACAAUAUGAAGGGGAUGGAGGAAUAUGGAUGAUACGCAGGAGGAGGACAUUUAGGAUAAAUUGGCACCAAGGGUGGCAACAUCAUACCACAUACUAAAAGGCCUGGGAGGAGUGAAAGUAGGAGGGUCUAGAAUCCAAGAACACAGCCUCAGAAUAAAAGGAUAUUCCUUUAGAAUGGAGGAGAAUUCCUUUAGCCACAGAAGUGUGAAUCUGUGUAAUUCUUCUGCAGAGACUGUGGAGGCUAAAGCUAUUGUGUGCAUUUAAUGCAGAGGCAGGUUCUUGAGUGUUAAGGGAGUUACAGGGAGAAAGUAGGAGAAUAGAAUUGAGAAAAAAUGAUUAGCCGUGAUUGAGUAGCAGAGCAGAGCCUAAUUCUGCCCCAAAAUCUUAUGCCCAAGAUACCAUAAUUUACAGUAGGGAAUAAACUAUGGCCUUGUCUAUCCUUUUAGAAAAACUUUAAAGAUGCCGAGGAACUACUUAAUGUAGAACAGGGAGUUUUCCUAGGUGACCUGAAAGCUAUUUGUUCCCAAAUACAUAGGUUCUUAGUGUGUAAAAAGUUACAGAGAGAAGUUAGGAGGAUGGGGUUGAGGGGUAAAUCAGCCAUGAUCAAAUGAUGAAAAAGACUUGAUGAGCCAAAUAGUCUCAUUCUACUACUAUGUCUUAAGGUCUUAUGGUCAAAACCAUAUAAUCAAACUGAUUAUUAGGUCUUUAACAUACUAAUGCUCAUCAGACUUUUUGCUGAGAGUAGAUGAGGGGCUGAGUUUACUUCAUGUGUACUUCACAUUUAUUCCUUUUGCUGUGAGGUGUCCUGCAAAGCUGUGAAAGUUUAAUAUUCUUAAAAUGUCUAAGAACAUAACUCCAAGUUUCAUUGAAAAAGCAGUAAGAACCAUCAAUACUAGAAACCUAAAACAGAAACAGGAAAUGCUGGAAAUACUCAGCCGGCCGUGCAGCCUGUCUGGGAAGAGAACCCCAGUUAAUGUUUCUUAAUGACCU